AUGGAUGAUAUUAAUAAGGAAUAAGAAAUUUAAAAUACAAAUUAAAUCGAAUUUUAUGCUCUUUAAGAUCCCCUAAAUUCAUAAAUAUCUAAUUAAUAGAACCUAUAAUUUCAAUAAUACAUUUCAGAUUUGAAGAAUGAUAACAUAUAAAAUGAUUUAAAUAAGUUUGAAAAAGAGUAGAUUGUUAAUUAGACCAAUAAUAACUUUUUAGAAACAAUUAAAAUUGUUGAAGACACCUAAAUUAUCUAAAAUGAAUUAUUGUCUUCAUAAAGAACAUAAAAAAAUAAUGACCAUUAAAUCGAUGAAUAAGAUUUGAUUAAGUAUGAAUAGGAUGAUAAAGAAUAAAAAGUUAACAAUAAAAAAGAAGAUAUAAAUGAGGAGAAAGAAUAAAAUUAAGAAGAGAUCAUAUAAAUGUAAUCAGGAGAUGGUGAUGUACAAUAAUAAGGAAAAACUAACAAUUUAUAAGAAGAUUAAUAGAUUUUAGUUGUUAUGGAAAAGCAGGAGAUAAAAAGUGAUACUGAGGUUGUAACAAAUAAAAAUGAGGAGUUUGAGUAGAUGGAGAAUAAAGUAGAUAAACCUACAGAAGUUAAAGAAGAAGAAGAGGAAUAAUAAUAAAUAGUAAUAUCACAAUAUGGUAAUGAAUAGAAUAGUAAUGUGUAAUCACAUAAGAUUGAAAAGGAGCCAUCUAUAUAGAGUUUUUAAAAAAAGGACAAUGAUCAAAACUUAUUGCAAUUACCUUCAUAAAUGGAAUUUCAUUUGCUUAAAAGCUGUGAGAGUAAUUUCUUUGAACCUCCUAAUUCAGGGAAAGAGACUGUAAAAUAUCUGAACUCUGGAGAACUGCUUAGUAGAACUAAUUUUCUUUCUUAAUUGGGAUAAUUAGGAAAAUUUGAAUUUGAGAAUAAUUCAUUAUUGGGAUCAGGAGAUUUGAAAAAAGACAUAGAAGGUUUGCCAGAGCCUUUAAAUUUAAGAAAUAAAAGCAAUAAUCAAUAAGAAUUAUUUUCAGAAUCUCAAACAUUUCCAAAUAGGAUGCCAAGUGAUUUUAGAUCUCCUUUUAUUGAUGAUACAUUUAAAUUAAGUACAACCUUUAAAUUUUAAUUCAGUUCUGAACUAAAGGCUUUUGAGAGUGGACAAUUUAUUUCCUAAUAGUUUAAUAUAAAAGUUCAAUAGUAAGAUUCUCUUGAGUACUCAAUGGAUGAAUCAUCAGACUUGCAACCUAUUUACAUCACAACAAUGAAGGUGGAUGAUAAUGAUGUCGAUGUAUUUUAAAUAAAGAAUGUUCUAAGAUUUAAGGAUAAGAAUAAUUUAUAUUAAUGUUAUGAUUUCAAGAUCUCUAAAAUGUAGCAACUUAAUAGUGACUAUAUAAUCUAAAAUUUAUUUGUGUUCAUAAUGAAGAAUCGUAUUAAUUGCAUAGAUGGCAAUUAAAUAGUAAGAAUUUAAAGAUACUUAAAGAGGUUUAGGUUUGUUUAAUCAUGUGUAUUAACUCUCGAUAAGGAGUCAACUUUAAUUUGCUUAUUUAAAUCAUUUUUUCAGAUAAAGAUGUGUUUUUAUAGAUAAGUUGAAAUUGGAGAGUAAAUUAUUAUUGAGAAAAUGACAACAAAGUAAAGGAGGAUACUGGAGUUGAAUUUUUACUCGAUUUGCCCUUAAUUAUUAUUCCAUGAUAAGGGAUUAGAAUAAAAGGUACUUGCAACAAUAGAUGCUUUGGGUGCUUAGAGCUGA